AUCUAUCCCUUAUAUCCUCUCAUUCAAUAAUGUCUUAGCCUCCUCGGUCCUCACUAUCCCCCAAAUGGCAGUCACCACUUCCAUUUCUUCCCCUUCUCUUUCUCCUUUGCUCUUCUCCAAAACCCAUCACACCUACUUCCCUCGGCUCGACCCGCACCCAAAUUUCUGUAAAUUCGACCGUUGCUGUUUACAGACCGUUAGUUCCCGCCAAAACCCUCUUUGCCUGAGUAGCUCUGGCACUUGGGUUUUGAAUGCUUCAUUGGUAAGAGCAGAAGCCUCUGGGAAUGGAAGAGAGCCCAUGGUUCCUCCUUACAAUGUGCUCAUUACAGGUUCAACGAAAGGUAUAGGAUAUGCUCUAGCCAAAGAGUUUCUAAAAGCAGGGGAUAACGUCAUAAUUUGCUCAAGAUCAGCUGAGCGGGUUAAAUCUGCUGUCCAGAGCCUUAGGGAAGAUUUUGGGGAGCAGCGAGUGUGGGGUACUACAUGUGAUGUUAGAGAAGGGCAGGAUGUGAAAGACUUAGUUUCUUUCGCACAGAAAGAACUGAAAUACAUUGAUAUAUGGAUUAAUAAUGCAGGAUCAAAUGCAUAUAGCUUUAAACCACUGUCAGAGGCUUCAGAUGAAGAUCUCAUUGAAGUUGUCGCUACGAAUGCGCUUGGUUUGAUGUUAUGUUGCCGUGAGGCAAUAAAGAUGAUGUUAAACCAGCCUCGAGGUGGUCAUAUUUUCAACAUUGAUGGAGCUGGUUCUGACGGAAGACCAACCCCAAGGUUUGCUGCAUACGGGGCAACAAAGCGUAGUGCGGUGCAUUUAACAAAAUCAUUGCAGGCUGAACUGCAGAUGCAGGAUGUCAAAAAUGUCGCAAUGCAUAACUUGUCGCCAGGAAUGGUUACAACUGAUCUUCUCAUGUCUGGUGCAACUACGAAGCAGGCCAAGUUUUUCAUUAAUGUUUUGGCAGAACCACCUGAAGUGGUAGCGGAGUAUCUUGUUCCAAAUAUAAGAUCCGUUCCUGCCAAUGGAUCAAUGAAGCCUACAUAUAUUCGUUUCCUUACUGGGAUAAAAGCCUACUCCCAGAUAUUUUCAAGAUUUGCUUUCGGUGCAAGAAGAAACAGAUAUGUUCUUGAAGAUUGAAUAUGUUUAUAACGUAAUCUUUUUAUCUGCCAUUUUUUUACAUGUAAAUUACCAAUUCUCAAUGCAACAUUAUUUUCAAA